AUGGCAAUGGAAAAGGGAGAAAAAGUAGCAGAGAAGAAGAGCUUGAAAUCGAGUUACCAUUACUUGAUGACCCAUCUCUUCACCUUCUGUUUCGUCCCUCUCAUGGCUGUGAUCGUUAUCAAAGCUUCACGGUUAAGCCCAGAUGAAAUUCUUCAACUAUGGUUACAGCUUCAGAGCCACAAGGUGAGUGUGAUGGUGUGUGUGACUUUAUUGGUAUUCGGGUCAACGGUUUACUUCCUGACCCGACCGAGACCCGUUUACCUCGUCGACUUCGCCUGUUAUCGUCCACCAUCUCACCUCAAAGUUCAGUUCGACAGGUUUAUGAAGCACUCAACAUUGAUGGGUCACUUCAACGAGUCAUCACUCGGGUUCCAGCGUAAGAUUCUGGAACGAUCCGGACUCGGUGAGGAGACUUAUGUCCCUGAAGCUAUGCAAUACAUCCCUCCACGGCCGUCCAUGGAGGCGGCGAGAGAGGAGGCGGAACAGGUGAUGUUUGGUGCUCUUGACAUUCUAUUUAAGAACACAAACUUAAACCCAAAUCACAUCGGAGUCCUCGUUGUGAAUUGUAGUCUUUUCAACCCAACUCCUUCUCUCGCUGCCAUGAUUGUAAAUAAGUACAAGUUGAGGGGUAAUAUUAAAAGUUACAAUCUUGGUGGAAUGGGUUGUAGUGCAGGAGUGAUCGCUAUCGAUCUGGCAAAGGACAUGCUACAGGUCCACAGGAACACCUACGCCGUUGUAGUGAGCACUGAGAACAUAACCCAAAACUGGUACUUCGGCAACGACAAAUCGAUGUUGAUACCCAAUUGUCUCUUCCGUAUGGGCGGCGCCGCUGUUUUAUUGUCUAACAAGGGCGGUGACCGGCGGAGGGCAAAGUAUAAGCUUCUACACACGGUGAGGACCCACCGUGGUGCUGACGAUACGGCUUUCCAUUGUGUGUAUCAAAAGCAGGAUGGCGUAGGGAAAACCGGCGUGUCGUUGUCUAAGGAUCUAAUGGCUAUUGCCGGUGGAGCAUUGAAGGCUAACAUUACCACGCUGGGCCCACUGGUUCUACCAAUCAGUGAACAGCUUCUCUUUUUCUUCACUCUUGUGGCUAAGAAGUUAUUUAAUGCGAAGGUGAAACCAUAUAUUCCGGAUUUCAAGCUGGCCUUCAACCACUUCUGCAUUCACGCGGGAGGGAGAGGUGUGAUUGAUGAGCUGGAGAGGAACCUGCAACUACUGCCUUUACACGUGGAGGCUUCUAGGAUGACUUUGCAUCGAUUUGGGAACACGUCAUCAAGUUCUAUUUGGUAUGAGCUGGCGUACACAGAGGCUAAAGGUAGGAUGAAGAAGGGAAACCGUGUUUGGCAGAUUGCGUUUGGGAGUGGGUUCAAGUGUAACAGUUCAGUGUGGGAAGCGAUGAAGCAUGUGAAGCCUUCUCCAAACAGUCCUUGGGAAGAUUGCAUCGACAAGUAUCCCGUCCAAAUACUGGCUUAAUUA